UUUCUCACGAGUUCACCCAGCCUGGAGUAGAUGUUUUAUUAGAGAUUUGGACAUUGCUAAAUAAUGAUACCAGUACAAAUCUAUCUUUUAAUUAAUCACUUUAAGUUGGGCGGAGGGCAUUUUUUACAUGUCUGUAGCGGUUAUAGGUCAAUGGGUGGUUGUCAACUUCUCUAAUUCAUCAAACCAAUCUCCUUAUGGCAUACAAAUAUUGACAGGGUGGAUCCAAGAUAAUGUCAAAGGUGAAACAGAGUGUACACGACUGUGACUCACAGGACAGAAGGAAAAUAUAAAAGCAUUAGUCUUGCCACUUGAAAGCUAUUAUCAUUGAGGGCUUCUUGAUAAUCGACCUGCAGUGCUUUGCUUCAAAAGUGAGUUGAAGGAAGACUUUUCAUUGGAAGAGGAGACCUUCUGGAGCUGAGGACAUGGAGGAUGAAAGUCAUCCAUGCAUACGCUUGGAGAAGAAAGAUUUGUAUAUGUUUCUAGCUCGUCAUUUGGAGGAGUCUCCAGAGUGUCAUGCCCCAUCUGACCAGUUCAAUAAGACUGGGAUUGUAAUAUGUGAAUCAGGCAAAGUACACAAAAUAGUAGCUAUGAGUUUCUCCAAACCUGGGUUGCAUGCUGUACAACAAAUCAUUCGGUGUCUUCCCACUUCUUUGCGUGACUGCACUGUGUAUUUGUCCAGGAAACCAUGCACAACUUGUACCACAUUCCUCAUUCAAGGUUCAGUUUCUUCAAUCUAUUACUGGCCAAUGGCUCCUGAAAAAACGGGGGAUGAUUCAGUGGUUAAGGAAGAUAUUGAACAAGCUGACCGUCUGUUGCUUAGAAGUCAUAUAAGUAGCAGUGUGCUCUUACCCAUGACAAGCUUUGAAACCGUGAAAAAGAUUGCAAAAAAAAUACGAUGCCAAGGACAGCUGAACAGCAGUUUUGAGUUGUUCGAUGAUCAAACUGAAGACUUCAAAAAAUAUUGUUCGUUGUUUAACAUAGAUAGCUGCAAAGAUCUGUGUGUCAAACGGAUGGAAAAUGCUUUUCAUUGCUAUAAGUUUUUACUGGAGUGUUUCCAACUUGAGAAAAAAGAACGGGAGGAAACUGUUCAUCAACAUGCGUUGCAGCUUUGUUAUUUUUUAGCAGCAAGAUCUGAUGAUCCAGACCGAGGUGUGGGGUGUACACUCUACAGUCAGGAUGGAUAUUUUUUUGGGGCAGGUUAUAAUGGAUACCCUAUUGGCAUAUUAUAUGCAAACUUGCCCUCUAUUGGGAGAAGAAACCGAAGGAAUGGACUUGCGAAAAGGGGAGUUGUUCUUCAUGCUGAAACAAACGUUCUCCUAUACAGAUCAAAGUCAAAAAUAGAAGAGAGCGAUGUUCUUUACUGCACUAAACCUCCCUGUCAUGACUGUCAGAACCUUUUGAAGGAAGUGAAAAUCAAGACAAUUCAUUGUGUAAAAGAAUCGUCCAAACAAAGUGAAGAAGUAUGCUUAUAUGAUUUAAAGAAAAACUUUGACUAUCAUGAGUGGAAACAGUGCAGCACUCAACAUACAGCAGGUGCUCCUAUUCCUUACCUGAAGAAAGAGGAGUUGUGCAUCUUCUUAGCACUACAUAUGGAAAAUUCCCCAAGUGAAUCACAGAACGACGAUUGCAAAACCGGAAUUGUCAUCUGUGAAGCGAGCAAGCCAAAAAGGAUGAUUGCCCUGGGCUGCUCAACGAAGGAACUUCAUGCUGUGCCAAAAGUGCUGUUAAGGUUUCCUAAUGCGCUGAAAGGCUGUGAAGUUUACAUGUCUCGGAUGCCUUGCAAUUAUUGUGCAAAAUUGCUAGUUCAAGCACAAGUCUCACAAGUCUAUUACUGGCCAAAUUUUGAAAGUGAAAUGGCGGAAAACAAGCAAAGGGAUGUUCUGGCAAAACAUGUUAGUACCAUCUUUACAGAAAGCGAUAUUGUUGCAGCGGUAUAUGUACCAACAAUAGACAACCAAAGAAAGAUGCAAAUACUUAAUUCAAAUAGAAGAGCAUCUGAUGAUGAUGAUCUGAUCCCAGUUGCAUCUGUAUUUGAUGGGAAUGUUGAUGGGAAUGUUGAUGGGAAUGUUUUAAAGUGCUUUAACUUGGAACACCUGAAAGAAGAAAAACUGAAAAAAUAUAAAGAAAAUCUUACUACAGCAAAGGAGUGUUUCAAAAUUCUGGCAAGUUGCAAAGAUGAAAAAAUAAUAAUCUCGGAGGAGAAAUCACCUGUAAAUAAUAAUCCUAAAUACACCCAUGCGUUACAGCUUUGUGAUUUAUUAGCAUCCAGAAGUGACAAUAAUAAUGGAGUGGGGACGGUGAUUUACAAGGAAGACGACAUCGUUGCCCUGGGCUACAGUGGAUAUCAAAAAGGGGCAUUGAAUAGCUUAUUUUACGAGAAGAAAGAUGAUGAUUUUGACAAGCAUGCAAUUGUGUGUGCAGAAGCUAAUGCAAUUAUUAUGAGUUCUGAGGGAGACCUGCGUAAUGCUGAACUCAUCACUACACGUGAACCUUGCUGUGGUUGUCUGAAACUGAUCCAAUCAAAGAAUAUAUCAAAAGUCAUUUGGCCUCUGCGAGACAGAAAUCAAUCCAGAGGAUUAACUGAAGAUCCUUCAGAGGGACAGUCUGCGGCUACGGCUGGUGGUGAACCAGCAUAAAGCUCUACAAUGUCAACAUGAGCUUUAGGAUCCAAUGCCCCCAGGCCCCCCAGUAUAUCCACUGGUGUUGGGAUAAUCGCCUUGCCAUGGCAGCCGCUCUGAUUGUGCCCACUCCCUUCCAGAAGCACACCUCAUGCCGAUCCCCCUGCCACCUCUUUUCUUAUUAUUGCCUCUGCUGUGCUCUACAGGGAUUUGCUUCUGUCUGUAGCUUGAGGGUGGAAAAGCAUUUGCUUUCAAUGUACCUCUAAGAGGUAGUCAUGCUUAACUGUGCAGUGUCUAUAGCCAUGGAGGCAGUGGUCAUCUUCUGCAGUCCUCAUUCCCUCUGCAGCUUUUCUUCUGUUGGAUUAGUCAGAGCAUUUGAAUGAGGAUUUCUCCUUUUCCUUUAUUGUGGUUUCUCACCCUCCUUCACAUUUAUUUUAUUUCAUUCGAUCGUCUUCUUUUUCAAUAUAGCUGUAUUUUUUUUUAUCUUGUCAUCUUUUUAGCUGAAAAACAACUAGUUCUCUGUUUCCUUGUCUUUCUCUGCCCAGGGGUAUUUGGCUCUUGUGUGCCCUUUCCCCUUCCUUCUUCCCUUUUUCUCUGGUGUAAUACGUAGUUUAAUUUUGUUUCAUAUUCAUGGGCCUCUUUAUAUGUCCUCUAAUAGGUAUAUGCCUGUUUUUAAUUGGUCUUUGUGCCCUGUUGAUCGUGUUUUAGACUUAAAUUUGAUUUCCGUCCUUGAAACCCAAUUAAUGUGGAAUAUGCUUUAAUAUUUUUCCAGGCUAAGUCAUUUUGCUCUAAAUGAACCAGGGUUUUGCAGGCUCUGUGCUGAGAGGCUCUGUGCUUUUGUCCUUGCUUUUAGAUUCCCUCAACUGCAGCUUCUGUAGCGGUGUUUUCUAGGAUGACCCCAAACCCAGAAUCAACUAUGAAAACCCUCUUGAUUUUUAAAAUAUCAUUGUGAGAAUGCUAUUAUUUCUCAUUUGUUAGCUUUCAGCAAUAAUUCCUUUUAUGCAGCUGCUUUAGAGUGAGAUCAUCAAAAUAUUUUGCAUGGGAUUAAAUUGAA